AUGUACAAAUUUUUUGCUGUUUUUGCAAGUUUCCUAUGCUGGAAGAAUUCCGAAUCCUAUUAUUUUAGAGAGUGAGUUUAACAUGAGCAAUUUCCGAUAUCUGAAUUAGAUCUUUAUGAGUUUUUUUUGAAAAUCUUGACCCCAUAAAAACGUUUUAUUUCUAAUAAACAUGAAAAAAUUCUUCACAAUUUUUCUGUGCUCACUGAUUUUAAUUGUUUAUUUCUCUAGAUCUUCAUCUUCAACCCAGUUUUUUGAAAAGUUAGUUGGCAAAACUUCAAGUUUUCAACAAUUCAAGAAAUUUUAGAGAUCAAUUAAAAUAUCUGAAUUGCUCUGGAUUCAUCAAUAACUCAAGUUCAGCAAUCGAUAAUUAUUUGAAUUAUGGGCGGCUCAGAUUUAUCCCCGGGAAAAUGAUAGAAGUUCCUAUGGAUUGUGGAAGUAUAACUAAACGUGUUUCAAACAAUCAGAAAUUCUAUGGAUCUUUGAGAAGUCCAAUUGCGUUCAUCAGAAAUGUUUAUACCGUGAGUUGAUGUUAGAUUUAAUUUCAGGCUGACCUGGAAUUGAUUUUAGCUCUAUGAAUUUCAAGAAAUGUUGCUCUCCUCAAUUUAUCAUCCUUCAAACACGUAUUGUUAUUCUGUUGACAAAAAAUCAAAAACUGGAAUUUUUGAGAAACUUCAGAAAUUAACUAGAUGUUUGCCAAAUAUUAUUCUGAAUCCAAUGAGGUACGAUUUCGAUUCUUCUGGACAUUUUCAGAAUCGCGCGCAUUUUAAAUGUCUGGAAUUGAUUUUGGAUAGAAAAUGGGGUCAUGUUAUAUUUUUGCAAAAUAAUGACCUGAUUUUAAAACCUGUAGAAGAGUUAGCUGAACUCAGUAAUCUGCUGAACUACACAAGUAUCAUGUCUAUCCGGGAACCUUUUGAAGAUCGAUAUAUUCAUAAUGCUGAUUGGACUCCGGCUGGUUUAAAACUUUUCAAAUCUGAACUUGGAGUUUCCAAGGACAUUUUAGAUAAACCGCUGAAAAUUUGGAAAGGGUUGAAUCAGAUGAUUUUAUCGAGAAGUUUUGUGAAAUCGAUUUUUGAGAAAUUGAAUUUGGAGGGAAUUAUGAAUUUAUUUGAUCAGAAAGAGGUAGUUUUCCUUCUCAUAAAAAAUAAUUAUUGUUUUUUUGAAGAUCUACGGUGUUGAUGAGAUGCUAGUCCAAACUUUAUAUCGUAAUAAUCUUGGCCUUGAUGGUCAACCAACUUCAAAUUGCAAUAACACAGUUCAGGAUACCAUUGGAAGAUGGACUGAUUGGAUAUUUGAAGGUCCAUCCGGCUAUAAUGAAUUUUGUAGAUCAAAACUAGAGCGGAAUUAUAUUUGUGUGAUGGGUGUGGAAUAUUUGGCCGAUUUCAAAACAUCGAAAUUUGUGAUAGCUAAUAAAAUCCUGGAGAAUUUCGAUUUAGCACCACUUUUUUGUAUGGAUGAGGUUUUGAGAGAGAAGAAGAUCUGGAUUUCCAAGGUGGAGCUUCGAAACUAUCCGCAAUUUCGAGAGAUGGAAAUGAAGGAGAAUGGAACUUAUGAUGAAGAUAAUUUUGAUUGUAAUUUAGAUUUUUGA